AUGGUUCAGCAGUCUUCCAGACUCCGGACAGGAACGUUCCGGCGGAUUUUCUCGAUAUCACGUAACCGGCUGGCUGGGUCAGAGGAAUCGUUGGUUCGUCCUCAGAUGGCUCAGCCAACUCAACAAACCGCAGCUACUGCGGUGCUGGCAGGGCCUGAAAAAUUAGCGAAGGUCACAAGUCUGAUGGAAAAGUUAACUGAGGAUCUGGCAUCUAUUAGUUUGCUCCCUCAUCAACGGGAUUCGGCCUUAGAAGAACUUAAGGUAUAUAGCAGAGACCCCCAAGAUGCCGGUCCGAUUUUUACGAAAGAGGGUGUCGAGACACUCACUCGGCACGCAUUCAAUAGCCCAUCCAGCACCACAUCCAGAAACGCCAUGAGAAUCCUAUGCAAUGUCUUACUCCUGAAGCAAGAAACACGACAGGUGUUUGUUGACCUUGGUUAUGAAGCCAAGGCGUGUGAUAAAUUGAAGAGUGAUAACCGGGAUGAUGAAUUUCUAGCUUCUAGGAUAAUCUUCUUAUUGACGUAUGGGACAAACACAAAGUUGGUAGACCUUAUCGACAAGCAUCGUCUAGCAGAUGGAAUCAAUAAGAACCUGGAGCGACACGCAAAACACCGGGCGACAACGAGCUCGAUAACAGAUCCUAUGGAAGAUGCGGCUCUCUCACAGACACUCCAACUCCUUUUCAACAUUACUCAUUAUUGUAACAGCCGGAUCUCUUCUUUUACCGCUGCCAUACCUCAUAUCGUUACCGUGUUAUGCAAGGGUUCUUUCCCAACUCAGAAACCAUUGGAUCCGCCAGUCAACUCAUUGGUCAACGCACUCCUCAACUUGGAAACCGGUUCCAAAGAUAUCCAAGGUUCUCUCUAUCCCCCAAAUGAUCCUCAUGCCCUAGCAAAUCGCCUAGUCGACUUGCUUGCCCGCUCAACCCCGGUAUAUAAAGACGAGGAAUUAGAUGGGUCGAUUACACCACUAAUUGGUGUUAUCUCCGCGAUCCACGAACACGCACCAACUGAUGUAAAGAAUUCAAUACAAUCGCGGCUUCUACCAACGGAGGCAGAUAGGUCACAGGUGCUUGGACGAAGCGACUCGUUACCAUCUUGGCUCCUAAAGAACUCGACGAAUCCCGUGGCACCCCAACUUCGCGAGACAAUAUCUAACUUAUUCUUUGAAAUGUCUGAUAAAGACGCGUCAAAAUUCGUUGAAAAUGUGGGCUAUGGUUUUGCAUCGGGCUUCUUGUUCAACAGGAACCUUCCAAUUCCCCAAAACGCCUCGGAAGCAUUCAGCACUGCCCGAGGUGGCGCCAACAGACCAGUCAAUCCUAUUACAGGCCAAUUUUUAGAUGCUGAGAGACAGCCUGAAGGUCCUGAAAUGACAGAAGAGGAGAGAGAAAGAGAGGCAGAGAGACUCUUCGUCCUAUUUGAAAGGCUAAGAGCAAACGGAAUCAUAUCCGCCGAGAAUCCAGUUCGAACAGCUGUCCAAGAGGGUCGAUUUGAGGAACUACCUGAUGAUUAUGAAGAAUUAGACUAA